GCCUCACUUACCUUUCUAUCUUAUUGUUUCUCGCCUAUCAAUCUUCCAUGACCAGCCAACUUGCACAAUCCACGGCGCAAUCACAGGCCUUUGGGUCUCGCGGACCGGCAAUCAGGGUGCGGCGAUUUGGUCACAACGACUUUGAGAGGUUCGACCAAGAGAAUGCCGUCGGCCAGCACUUGUGUGUUGGGGAGAAGACCAUCGGCAAGGUCAACAUCGAAUGCAAGUACCGUUGGCGACAGUCCCAAUGGGGUCUCAUUGGCACCCAGAGCAGCCCGGCCGGCAUUAUCUACAUGGAUAUCAUGUUUCAUCAGCCCGACGGCUUUUGGCUCGAGAGCGCGACUGUUUACAUCACCGUGGGAGAGGAUGAGCACCUGACCUAUGCGCUCGGAAAACAAAAGAAAGGAAAGAGCUCUGGAUGUCGUGUUCACAUCCCAGAACACAUACCCAUCGACUCGGAGCACUCGGUCCAGAUAUCGGAGCACUACGGGCCCAAACUGCUUACCGGCAACAAGACCCUGCGUCAAGAGGUCAAGACCAGAGAGUUCGUGCCAACUCUCGGUGUAAUGGGAAUGGCCGAGCUUGGCGGCGUCGGCCACAAAUCCAACUACGUUCAGGAACGCGUCGGCUGCUGGAGGUUCCAGGGCAAUGUUUGCAGGCCCCAGGGCCAACCAGGGUUCCGGACGUUGCGUUGGGACCUGACAGAGAACAAAUUCGAGCCCGACCAGCCGCACAGCCCAGAGUACCACACUGCGUUCGCAUUUGAGCACAGCAGGCGGCCAGUGUACAUGCGUGUCGAGAUAGAAGGGAAGCUCAAGAGCAAAGGCCAACAAAUGCUGCACAGAGCAUUUCGCUUUUCAUCCGCCAUGGGCAAGAAGGAUCACUCCACCUUAACUCAUAUGGACCUGCGCAAGCUGGUGCCCCGCCGACGGCUGGACGAAGUGGCUCGCGGGCUUGACAUGGCCAUGCAGAUGAAGAAUUGCGAAAAGGUCCCGGUCCAAGUCCCUGGCCCAAGACCAGCUCGGUUUUCCUCUUGGGAUGAUUAUCCCCCUCUCCUUGAUCAGCUGCCAGGAAAACAGACUGUUCGGGCAGACCAAGACGAGAGAGGCCAUGUCAUUCCGCUCGAGGUCCUCAGCCGACAGCUGAACGAUAGCCUGAAUCCAAAACCCCCAUUGUCCGAGAGGUCAGAGCACACAGAAGCAAGGGAUGACUCUGGCGGUUCGAUCGCCGACGACACAGACAGUCGCAGCCCGACUUUGGUCGAUAGCGAGUCACCCACGGCGACGAGAGCGGCCCCGAGCCUCCUCUACCAGCCCCGGACGGCCGCCGAUUUGGAGCUGCUCAAAAACACCGCUGUAAUAUGGCUCCUGAGUUUCGUGGCCAGCGUAUCCCAGCUCUUCGGGCUGUUCCGACGAUUCUUCCUGGUCGAACCGUGGGAAGCGAAACAACAGCUUGACAAGGGCAAUAAGCAAGCGACAACGUGCCCUAGCCUCAAGCUACACGAGCUCAAACAGCAGGCUCGUGACUUGCGGAAGGAGUCACCGAGCAAGGGGAGGGGUUCAAAAGUGCCUUGGAUGGGAAGCAUGCAGGAUCGACAAAAAUUGAUGGAACGCACUUCUUGCAAGACGUCUGGUGGUGUCCAAGUCUGAGUGAACGAGAAUGGAAAGCUGGGAGUAAACGCCAAGUAAAUUGGGGCUGGUCCUCAUGUGAGCUUAUAUAUUUAAAAGUAAAACUGUAGUUUACUGAAUCCAAGGCGCGCAGGCGCAAUUUGGCUUGGUGGAAA